UGAGAUCAAGUAUUCACUAAACGUGCGCCGAACUGACGUCUUCAAUAUUAGUGUAAAUUUAUUUUAAUAACUAAUCCGGUGCCGUUAUAUAUUUUUUAAAAUUCCAUUUUUAAUUUUACAGUAUUCAAUACUUAACAUUUAUUUUAAUUAGUAUUUUAUUUUAUCAUAUAUCAUUAAAACUUCAACAUGUCUUCAGCAUUGUUUGAAUCAUUGAGUGACAAAGUAGCAUUAUUCAAUCGGCAGGCUAAUAGCCACGAGGUAAACCAAAAAAACAAUCCGUUCACAAGUGGGAUGAACAUUGACAGACCGAAAUUUUCAAAAGAAGAAUAUGGCAGGCCAGCUGCGGGAUCAUUAUCGGAUAUCCGUGGACGUAAAGCAACGGCUCAUAUACUCAAAGAAAUUCUUGAACUCUGUGAUGUUAUUCAUCAGAACGGACAACCUUGUAAAGAUGAUCCAAAUAUAACAGGCAUUACUUUUGGUGAUUUAUUCAAUAUUUAUGUUGCUAUCAGUGACAAAUGUGUUGGGUUAUUAUUGCGAGCCAGAAAGCAAGGUUUUGUACAAUUUGAGGGUGAAGUUCUAUUCCAGAGACGAGAUGACAAUGUACCAAUUUUUUUAGUGAAGCCUAUCGCUGAAAUUAGGCAAACACUGAAACAAAAGAUUGAAGAUUCUAAACGAGAAACGAUGUUUCACUGACAAAAAAUCACAGCUUUAAAAACAAUUAUUGUUUCAUAAAAACUAAAAUGGAUUUGUAAAUUAAGAAUGAAUGGUUUUGUACAUACAAUUGAGCUGUACAUAUUUUAAGAACUUUUUAAAAAAUAACGUUUAUGUGAUGUGAUAUAUUUUAGAAAAUAAACAACUUUUUACAA